AUGACGUCGGAACGAACACCUGCGAUUACGAUUACGAUUGCGAUUGCGAUUGCGAUUGCGAUUGCGAUCGGUGGGGGAGAUGGAAUGAUCGCUGUGUUGAUCCUCCAAGCUUCCCUCCAACGAGCGUUCGCUGCAGCGACCAGCCCGAACUCUCUCGACUGGAUUGUUUAUAGCGACCAGCUCGGACGCGCUGGACUGCGCUUUUUGGGCUCUCUGGAUAUAGGAUAUGGAUUGAUGAAUGGAGGGGAUGCCGGAGGAGGAGGAUUGCGGGCUCGAACGGUUUCAACUCUUCUCCACCGACCUUGGACCGGUCGGCUGGCCACGAGAGAUAGGAUCAGGGAGGAGGAGGAGGAGGAGGGAUGCGGGCCGAGUGGAAGAAGAGAUGGGGGUGAUGAUGGAGAUGAUGCAGAUGCGCGAGCCAAAGAGUCAUGUACGCAGACAAGCUUCUUGAUCUUUGGGAACUUGAAACCGAGUCUGAGCUCAAGAGCAGGCCAACCGUCCCUUCUUCUAUUCUCAUCUUAUUCGGUUUCAGCUCCCACCCAUCUACUCAUCGCCGCCUGUCUUUUCGUGUCCCCUCGUGCCCCCUCGUCUCCCCGCGUCUCCUCUCCCGAUCUCUGCGUACACCGCUCUCUCGCGUGUCGUUUGAUCCUCUGGGAUGCAAAGCGCCUCGUUCGCGGUCUCGUGGGCAGCUUCGAGGAGCAGGGGGCUCGGAUCAGGGACGAUACAGUACGGUACUGCUCCAAUACGGUGGUACCGUACUGUAACACUCGCUGCCCCCUUGCCGACUUGACGAGCCACGCUCUUCUCCGGGCUGGGCAUCGGCCACAGACCGACCGACAGCAUGCAUGCAUGGAUGCGAAAGAAAGAAAGAAAGCAAGCAAGCAAGCGAGGCAGCAAGUACUAGUAGUAGUAGUAGCAGUAGUAGUAGUAGUAAGCACUGUAGUAGUAAGCACUGUAGUACAGAGUACAACUUUGUACUUCUCUUCGCCACCAACCACCAACCACCACCACCACCCGACGGGCCCAUGCGACACUUUGCUGCACGAUCAAUCUGCUCUCACUCUCUCUCAUAUCUCCCAUGUGCCCCAGAUGUCCGCACUGCGCGGUGACGGUGACGGUGGCGGUGGCGGUGGCGGUGGCGGUGGCUGGUGGUGGCCGAGUGUCACUCCCGUUGUCGACCGCUGCCCAGCCCAGCCCAGCCCAGCCCAGCCCCGCCCAGCCCCGCCCAGCCCAGUCCAGCUCAGCUCAGCCCAGCUCAGCCUAGCCCAGCUCGCCCGCCCGCUGGGGUCCAACCACUUCCGAACACGCGAGCCUCCCAAAGGUCAACAACUCGUUCAUCUGAAGAAGCCCCGACCCGCCCCCGCCCCCUCCCCCUCCCCCGCCCCCGCCCGCCCUCCUCUCCCUCUCUCGUUCCUGAUCUUGCCAUACGGUACCGCAACCGCCGCCGGAGACUUUCUUCGGGGGCCACCGGCCACUCACAGGCACGCCGCGCCGGUCUGCCACGGCCGGGUCCGACGAUCGUGUGGAGGAGGGCGCUUAGAGAAAGGUACACUGAGGCACGUGGGCAGUAUCGAAGAAGCUCGAGCUGCAGGCCUGCAAGCCUGCAAGCCUGUCAUUGCCGGCCGCGAUCCACCUUUGAAACUCUGCUCGGGUAUGCGUGGGGUGCUGCUGGCUACUGCGGGCUGCUGCUGGCUACUGCUGGCUACUGCUGCUGGCUGCUGGGUGACGGGUGACCUACUGAGACUAGCUCGAUCAGGAAAGCGGGAGCGCUGCGACGGGAAACCAAUAAGAGGAAUAGGUAAGAAUAGGAAUACGAAUAGAUUCUGCUGCUGGUAUUAUGUCAUGUUGUAUAUGAUGCGAUACCGUGUGACGAAGUGGCGUUUUCGUCGAGGAGCAAGCGUCCACACUAAAGCACGCACUAAAAAGAGGGGUCGCACCCGCGCCGCGCCCCCACUUGUACAAGAAAAGAAGAGAAGAAAAGAAGAAGAAGAAGAAGAAGAAGGAGAAGAAGAAGAAAGAAGAAGUGGAAAUCGAUACUUCGUACCUACGUACGUACUGUAUCCGUGCGCCAAUGCGGCAAGCUGUCUGUCUGUCGGCGACUCGGCGACUCGGCGACUCUCAGUCCCAGCAGGAGGUCCCCGCGAUGUCUGA